GUAUUCUAUAUUUCUUUAACAUGAAGUUUCUGGUUUGCACCUUGCUGCUAACAUCAGCAGUAUUUGCUGAAGAUGCCGCCAAGAAAAAACGUGGCCUUCUCCUGGGAGGUGGAGACAUAGGAGGAUAUGGCGGUGGUGACCUGGGCGGCCAUGGCGGAGGCUUUGGAGGAGGAAUCGGCGGUGGAAUUGGCGGCGGCGGAUUUGGCGGCGGUCAUGGCGGAGACCUAGGCGGUAUUGGAGGCGACAUCGGAGGCGGAUUCGGCGGCGGCCAUGGAGGCGGUUUCGGCGGAGGCCUAGGAGGCGGUAUUGGAGGCGGAAUUGGGGGUGGUUUCGGAGGUGGUAUCGGAGGUGGCUUCGGAGGUGGUGGAGCCGUAAGCGAGGGACAUGUGAGCCACAUUACCCUCCAUAAACAAAUCCCCGUGCCAGUACCUCACCCCGUCCCAGUGCCAGUCGAGAAGAGAGUACCAUACCCCGUAAAAGUACCAGUCGCCUAUAAAGUCGACAAACCCUACCCCGUACAUGUGCCCAAGCCAUACCCAGUCCCAGUAGACAAGCCAUACCCAGUUAAAGUUGUGAAGAACAUCCCCGUACCAGUCAAAGUACCAUACAAGGUUCCAGUACCAGUCAAGGUACCAGUACACAUCCCCAAACCAUACCCAGUACCAGUUCACAAGCCAGUUCCCGUACAUGUUCCUGACAUUAACAUCGUCAAGAAGAAGGUCCCAGUCAUCAUCCACACCGGACAUGAUGAAGGUGGUUUAGGAGGUGGUUUGGGAGGCGGAUUCGGAGGCGGAUUAGGAGGUGGUUACGGAGGCGGUUUAGGAGGUGGUCUCGGAGGAGGUCAUGGUAUCGGAGGCGGUUUCGACGGAGGCUUAGGAGGUCACGGAAUUGGAGGCGGCAUCGGAGGUGGAUUUGGAGGCAGUAUUGGAGGUGGACACGGAUUCAGCUCUGGAAGCUUUUCUUCCGGCGGUAGCUACGGACAUCAUUAAAUUGUGAUAAUUUUGUAUGUUUUGUACACGUUAGAUAGUAGCUUUAAAAAGUAUCGGUACUAUCUAAUGUGAACAAAAUUUAGGAAAUUUUUGUAAAUAGUACUGAUCAUUUCCCAUUUCCGCACGCCGCAGUCCAUCUCAUCAAAUUAUUUAAUUAUAAAAUAGCUUUAUUUGUUAUAAAGAUUGUUUUAUACUUAAGCAAAUCAGAAACGGAAUGUUGUGCAACUGUAAAACUGUUUUGGUAGCAUGUUUGUUUGCAGCUGUGGCUUUCUUUAAAAAACUGUGAUAGUUUGUUUUAUUUGGCUGACAGGCAGAUUAUGAUUUCCAAUGCGGUUGCUCCAUCAUUUCUUCUAUCAUUUUCAUGUUUUCAUCAUAUUCCUUCAGUAUGAUAAUAAAUAUUUUUUCUACUUUAA